AUGUAUGUACCUAUAAGAGGUCAAGGACAAAAGUCACACGAAUCAUCUGAUGACGAUUCUGACCGCUCAGAUUCGGACGGAGAAGCAUUCUUAUUAGACAGUUCCGACAGGUUCGCCGUUUCUGAUGGCCCAACGAUCGCAAACGAGAACAGGUGUACUUGUGGAAACUAUGUAAACAUGCCAACUAACUUAGAAAAUAAGUGUUGUGUAUAUUCACAUCUUGUGCAUGACAAGGCGUCGGAAGCAGGCCUGGCCUGUAUUACAGAUCACGAGGGUUUCAAGGGGAACUGCCUCAACAGGCAUGUCAUCGAGAUGUGCCAUUACAGAUACAAUGAACAGAGGAAGGAUCUCAGCAAGUGUGGUGACAUCCAUGUAGUCUACAGAUACAUAGCCUACUGGAACCUCACACAAUGGAUUUUACCAAAGACUUGGGAAAGGAAACAGAAAAGUGUUGCCAUCGUGUGUUGUGUCGUCAAUUAG